AUGCCAAAGCUCUUGACUAUAUUUGGAGCGACUGGAAAGCAAGGUGGCUCAAUCAUUGAAGCCGUGCUGUCUGAUGCCUCACUGAAAGAAGAGUUUACAAUCCGUGGCGUCACUCGUGAUGCUUCCAAGCCAGCCGCUCAAGCUCUUGCAGCUAAAGGUGUUGAGGUCGUUGCGACCGAUAUGGACUCCAAAGACUCAGUCUUACAAGCCGUCACGGGUUCCCAUACCGUCUUUCUCGUGACAAUCCCUGAUUUCACGGGCCGCGAAAACAAAGAGUUGGAUCACGGAAAAAUUGUUGCAGACGCCUGCCAUGAAUCUGGAGUUCAGCACCUGAUUUUCUCAUCGUUGCUCCAUGUAACGGACACCACUAACGGCCGUCUCACCAACGUUCCUCACUUCGAUAGGAAGGCAGAGGUAGAGCGUUAUAUUCGCUCCAAGGGCAUUCCUAGUACCUUUGUGCUGCCUGGCUACUUUAUGAGCAACUAUACGGCGCUGCAAAUGAUACGCAAAGGCGACAAUGGAGAGUAUACUCUCGCCUAUCCUGUUGGCGACAAGGCCCUGUUCCCUCUCAUCGACAUCGAAGCUGAUAUGGGUAAAUAUGUCGUUGCCUCAAUCAAGGAGCGGGAGAAUGUCCUGGGCAAACAGAUUCUUGCCGCAGCUGACUACUACACACCAACGCGUAUCCUCGCAGAGUUUGAAGAAGUCACUGGUGGGAAAGCAAACUUUUUGAAGCUCGAUGCAGACACAUUUCAAAGCUUCUUCCCAGCCCCAUUAGGCGUGGAGAUGCUAGAGAACCAUCUCUUUAUUGAAGAACCGGGCUACUAUGCUGGGAAGAGCCUCGAUGAAAGCCUUGACCUUUUGCGCAAGGUGGGACUGAAGCCAACAACGUGGAAAGAGUUUUUGGCCAAGAACAAAGCCGCUUUCUAAAAAAUGGCUCCAUGUCAUAGAUAUGCCGGCGUCUAAAUAGAUAUAUCAGGCUAGAAUAAGACUACUUGAACACCCAUAUUGCCUAGUUCUGUGAUGUACAAAGUACAGCUCUACUUUUAAAAUAAAGGUCAUAUAGUUUAUG